UGACAACAACAACAACAACGCGCGAGCACUUCCGGGUUCUGGAUGGAGCUGUCAAGCGCCUAACACCGCCUUCUUGUUUUUGGCUGAGAAUCGCUUCGUCAUCAACUUAUUUCAUUUGCUCUCAACAACACGACACACUCGUUGAAAAAAAAACAAGCCAAACAAUUCCACGCCGUUUAAAAACAAAUUAUGUUAGACUGGUAGGCGUCCUUAUAGCCAUGUUUGCUAGCUAACAUGCCCAGCUAGCUCGGUGCUGCUGAUGUAGGCGCCAACGCGGUUGACUUUAGUUUGGUUGGGUUCCUAAAAAAAUAAAUCCUGCUGUUAUUUUUGCGACAAUCAUGAGCGAAGGGGGCGUUUUCCACGAGAAGCAGCGUCUGGAGCUGUGCGCCAUCCACGCGCUCAACAACGUGCUGCAGGAGCGGGUGUUUACCAAAGAGACGGCCGACGAGAUCUGCAAACGGCUGGCUCCACAGUGUGUGGUCAACCCACAUCGCUCAGUGUUCGGCACGGGCAACUAUGACGUCAACGUCAUCAUGGCGGCGCUCCAGAGCAGGGAGCUGGCAGCCGUGUGGUGGGACAAACGCAGGACGGUCCAGAGUCUGUGCAUCUCCAAGGUUCAGGGCUUCAUCUUGAACGUUCCUUCGUGCGUCUCGUUCGGCAUCCUUUCCCUGCCGCUGCUGCGGCGGCGCCACUGGCUCGCCGUCCGCCAAGUCAACGAGCAGUACUACAACCUGGACUCCAAGCUGAAGAGUCCCGUCUGCAUCGGCGGGGAAACGCAACUACGAACGUUUCUCAGCGAGCAGCUCUCUCAAGACGUAGCUGAGAUGCUCCUGGUGGUGCCGCGGGAGGUGGAGGAGGACGGAUCCUGGCUGAAGGCCGACGCCGCCGUUGAGGGGGCGAACAGGAUGGAUUGAGAGCAAAACAAAGGACUUUGUUUUUUGUUUUGUUGUUUUUUUUUAACACUUUAUGCCAGGAAAGUACAUUAUUCAGGGAACAAACGUUCGUUUGGAAAGCUUUUGUACAUUUUUUUUUCCACGUCGUUGCUAUCCAGUUUAAGGUCCAUGCACGAGUGCACUCUUUGUUCUCACUAGUAAGACAAAUCAGCAUUCUGCCACUUGUUCAUGUCUGCCUGUUACUCGUAUUCCAAGGUCAUAGGUGUCUCCUAGAAUUUGAUAUCACUUGUCGUUUUAGCAGCUCGCAGUUAGCGAGCGCACACACAGCUAUCGUAACGAGUGCGCCAAAGAGUCCACUACUCGUACACGGACCCGUCGCCGGAUAUCAAGGAUGUGAACGAAAUGCGCGACCGGCUUUUCCAAGACACAGUACACACUUGUGCACGGUUGACGCCAAGAUCCGAUGAUUGUAACUUUUUUCCUCUGCAGCUAAAGUCGCGCGGGAAGCCAUCUUAGACUCGACGCUCAAACGGUUUCGUGGUACAAAGUGCCGACAUGAUGUCAUCAUAUUCCUACUACGACUACUAAUAACAGUGGUGGCUCAUGAUUGUAACGAAGAAGACUCAUUCCAAAACACUGAAACUGUUCGGUUUUUGUUUCUAGCGAGGCAAAAGAACAGUUUUACUUCAGUCGUUGUCCAACUUGUUUUGCCGUGACGGUCAAGCUAGCAACGUAUCAAAACAACAGCAACGAAUUAGCUCAGUCGCACGCCCGUUCCAGGUGUCUCCUUUCGAUCUAUGCAUAGCCGACGUGCGUGUCCGUCUGCGGUGCGCACUUGUGACUUAUUGACUGACAACCUAAGUUUUUAAUGGUUGACAUUGUUUAUAAUAAACUUUGGUUGUUGUUUUAACACUCGGGCCUUGCUUGAUUUGACUUUUCAGCAACACGUUCAGAUAGCCCGUACGUACUCGGUAAGAUUGUCUGUUUUUUGGGCAAUUGGAACAGAAUGUAAAGAAUUAAACUCUUUUAGAUGACAUGCAGUAUAUGGACACGGUUGCGGCUUCUUUGUAGGCUGCAGUCGUAGUUGUCGUUCUUCACAGAGGAGAAAGAAUAUGUCUCUGAAUAUUGCUCUGUUAUCGGUCUACACUUGUUCUUUUUUUUUUGUUUAACUGUCACUCUCCUCUGCACAGACGCAGGGACACAAACGUACUGUAUUACAUUGCCUCGAAUGAUGUUCACCAUUUUGAUUUGCGAACAUAAAAUGUCUGCUACAUCCCUCGUUUCACUACAUUUGCAUCAACACCACAAAACUGGUCCAAAAAUAGGACAUGAGAUGGACACACGUCAGAGGGUUCAAUGUGCAUCUUUGCGGAGUUCAACGACGGCCAAAAACACGUUGAGCGUGAGAGGUUAUUGUUACAUUUUUUUUUAUUACUGUUAUUCAUAUUAGACUCUUGAGUGUAAAAGGAUGCCAUUCAAAAGGAGCAUUGAGAGUACAAACUCAGUUGGGGGGGGUUAACACGGUCGAGUGGGAGGGCUUGAGGAGGACUCAAUGAAAUCUCCAACAUACCGUAAUAUACACACACACGCACGCACAAAAAAAAAAACAAUUGCGGAGACCCAACGCUGUGCUCUGCAGCGGAUAUAGAAAAAGUCUACACACCCCUGUUCAAAUGGCAGGCUUUUGUGAUCUUAAAAAAAUAAAAA